AUGGUGAAUGGUAUUCUUGUUGAACACGGAAAAACAUGGCGGUGAAAGCAGUGUUGGUUUUGAUUCUGGCUGUGGUGGCAACCAGUGUGGCUCAGAAGAAAUGUUGUUUCCCUGAUCAGUUUGAGACAUUAGAUGGCCAGGUGGUUGGCACAUUAUCGCAAGGCUCAUUUGUGGCCAUCAUCGAAUCCGUCCAGCUGGCCUUUGACUACAUGAACCAGAGAGCUGGCCAGAUCGCCUUAAUUCAGGAUGGAUCGAUGGUCUACGAGUACCAUAUCAUUGUGGACUACUCUAAGCAAGUGGAAUACAUCAUCAACACUCAGAUCAAGACAUGCCAAAUGCUCCCCCUCCCUGCAGGAACUAACAUGUCCCACUGUAUUCCAGAUGAUGCAGAUUACGUCAGCACAUAUUACCUCGGGGACUACCUGAUGAUGGCAGACUCCUUCUCUUAUGCCGUGAAGGAGGGAGCAUUGGAAGGCACGGCCAUUUUCUCUGUCUCCAAGGGUGACUGCAUCCCCACCAGCGUCACGUUCAUGGGUGCACAGCAAGGAACACCAGUCCUGGAGGUCGCUGGCUUUGUCAACUACACCUAUGGAAUCCAAAACCCUGCCAAGUACUUCACCAUUCCUGACUACUGCUCUCAGGCGUCCAGUCCAGAACCCAGGCAGUACAACUCGUUCAUCCACCGAUUCUUUUGAACGUGAAGGAGCAAGUUACGUUCAUUCCCCCCCCCCCCCCCCCCCCCCCCCCCCGAAAGCCUGAUUUUAAGAAACCGAGAAUGGGCAGUUUAACAAGCGAAUAUUUUGGAGUUUAUAAAACCAUCCAUCUCCCAUCCGUCUCCUAUUUGUAUAUUUUGCACUUUUACCUACAGUGGGAUUUGUAGUAUAGUACAUGUAUAGGCCAAAUGCAGUUGUGAUUGUCUUGAUUUUUCGACAAUGAAUUUGUUAACUUUUCCACUUUGCAAAUAUUGCAAACAUUGCAGAGAAAAAGAGUCUUACCUCAGUCAUGACUACAUGUAGGUUUGUUUUGAAAAUCUCACAUACACCCAAUAUUUGUAAUCAUAGCAUAUUUGGUGAUACAGUAAUUUUGUGCAUGUACAUCAGACUAUCUGUAAUUGAGGGUUUAAAAAAAAAAUGAUUUUCAUAUACUAUAAAACAUUGUUGGUAUUUUGUAUCAGUAACUUUUAAAGUGUCUUUUUGGUAUGUGAUUGGAUAUAUACUCAAGUUUUCAAAGGAAUCUAAACAUCACGUUUUAAAAGUAUUGGACACCAUCUGCAAAAAAAUCUGGAGCUUUUUGAGAAAAUUCAAGGAACAACGUUAUAAAACUGAAGCAGGUAAUUAAAAAAUUAACCCGUCUAAAAUUUAGCUCAUUAGAUAUCGCACUUUUUGUGACAAUUUCGAAAACGCAUCUUCAUUUCUCUAAAAGCAAAGCAUAGGUUUCCAUUGUCAGUGAUGUGGUUUGGUCCUAACCAUCGCAAGAAAAUGAUGGUAAUUUUUUUUUUUUUUCCAAAAUUACAGCAUGCCAAGUAUUUCACAGGAGGCUUGAUCCUAUUAUUUAUUACAACCAAGUUAGAUAUUUCAUGAUAUUUUGACAGUUUCACUUUUGACCGUUUGCAAGUGGUGUUCACUACCUUUAAUGUAGCAAUAUUGCAAAUCUCACUCAAGUACUAAUUUGUACCCUUUUUUUUUUAAACAAUACAGCAUAUAACGAAUAAAAAAGACAUCUUGAUAAAA